AAAUAAAGUCCAUUUUCACACUUUCUCUGAGCUUCAAUUAUUAUAUCGAUACAUCUAUAUAUAUAUACUACGUAUUAUAGAAGGAAAAAAUAUUCAUCUGCAGAAGGAAAAAAUAUUCAUCUGCAGAAGGAAAAAAAGAAAAAGACCAAAGAAGGGAAAGAAGAUUAUUGGGAGUGAAGAAUAAUGGAGGAUCACACUCAUGGAAGAGAAUCUAAUGAAAAGAUUGCAGCAAUGAACGGUCACGAUGAGCCAGAGCCAAACUACCGGGGAAUCAAAGCGAUGCCUUUCAUCAUCGGAAAUGAGACGUUUGAGAAGCUGGGAGCAAUAGGAACGUUGUCAAACCUGUUGGUGUAUCUGACGACAGUUUUCCACUUGAAGCACAUAACGGCGGCGAAUCUGCUGAAUAUCUUCAACGGAACCACCAAUUUCGCCACCAUCCUAGGUGCUUUCAUUUGCGACACCUACUUAGGCCGCUACACCACCCUGGGAAUCUCCACCGUCAACUCUUUCCUGGGGUUGUUGUUGAUAUCAUUGACAGCAGUAUUCAAGAAGCUGCACCCUCCGGCGUGCAGCACUGAAGGGAAAUGUGUGGGACCGACCGCCGGUCAGAUGGCGUUCCUCCUCUGCGGGUUCGGGAUGCUUAUCGUCGGCGCGGCCGGAAUCCGGCCGUGCAACUUAGCAUUCGGGGCGGACCAGUUCAACCCGAAAACAGAGUCAGGGAAGAGGGGGAUCAACAGCUUCUUCAACUGGUACUUCUUCACCUUAACAUUCGCGCAGAUGGUGUCGGUGACGCUGGUGGUUUACAUCCAGUCGGAGGUAAGCUGGUCGAUCGGAUUGGGGAUUCCGGCGAUUUUCAUGGCGGUUUCCGGCUCUCUGUUCUUCCUGGGUGAUAGAAUGUAUGUGAAGGUGAAGCCGGAAGGCAGUCCCCUCACUGGGAUUGUCCAAGUUUUGGUGGUUGCCCUCAAGAAGAGGCGUUUGAAGUUACCAGAAGAACCCUCCCUUUCUCUAUUCAACUACUCUCCUCCCAAGUCAAUCAAUUCUAAGCUUUCUUACACAAAUCAAUUGAGAUUUCUUGACAAGGCUGCAAUAAUGACUGGAGAAGAUAAACUGAAAGUAGAAGGAUCAUCUGCCAAUCCAUGGAGACUGUGCAGUCUGCAACAAGUGGAAGAGGCCAAAUGUGUGUUUAGAGUAAUCCCAAUUUGGGCAUCCGCAAUACUAUUCCACAUUGCCCUAUCACAACAAUCACAAUAUGGAGUGUUCCAAGCCCUACAAUCUGAUAGACAAUUUGGCCCCAAAUUCCAAAUCCCAGCUGCAACAUACUCAAUCUUCUCUAUGCUAAGCCUCACUCUCUUUGUCCCGCUCUACGACCGAUUCAUCGUCCCCUUUCUACGGAGGUAUACCAAAAAAGAAGAGGGCAUCACUCUGCUACAAAGACUUGGAAUUGGCAUUGCCCUUUCUGUGGUGGCAUCAUUUGUUUCAGCCUUCGUGGAGGAACGCAGAAGGCACAUCGCACUAACAAAGCCAAUGCUGAAAGGUGGUUCGGUUUCUUCCAUGUCUGCUAUGUGGUUGGUCCCUCAGCUCUCCUUGGCAGGGCUGGCCGAGGCAUUCACCUCCAUUGGUCUGGUAGAGUUCUACUACAAGCAGUUCCCAGAGAACAUGAGGAGCGUCGCAGGGUCGUUUUUCUUUUUGGGGAUGGCCGCGUCUAGCUAUCUAAACAGCUUCUUGAUCUCCAUUGUGCAUAGAACCACAGAAAAUGCGAAAACUGGGAACUGGCUGCCAGAGGAUCUCAAUCAGGGGAGAUUGGAUUACUUCUAUUUCUUAGUCACAGGCCUAGGGGUCCUAAAUUUGGCAUAUUUCUUACUAUGUUCAAAAUGGUACCAAUACAAGGAGGGGACAGAAGGAGCCAUCAAAGAAACAGAAAUGGAACCAAAGAAACUUGACAACAAAAAUGCAGUUUGAAGUGGAUGAUAAGUCAGUGUGCUUCUUUGACACUCAUGAUGGUAUGGUUUGUAUCUCGGCCUUCCAAGCCUUCCUUCUCAUCUCCAAUGAGUUCUGCCAAAAAGAGAGAUACUCCCUCCGUCCCCUUUUAAAUGUCCCAUUUUACCAUAUUGGGAUGUCCCUAUUUAAUUGUCUCAUACCUUAUUUGGUAAAGUUUGUGUGGC